AAACGGUUCGGCGGUAUGUCCGACGACGAGACCUACGAGGUCCCUCUCCAAGACCAGAGGAUUUUUGGGGCUGGUAUAAAGCGCAAGAGAGUCAAGUUCGUACCGUCGAGCUCCUCUUCCACCGCUGUAGCGCCGCCGAGCACCACCCCUGCGAAAUCAGUGAGCGAUUUCUACCUCAGUCUUGUCCUGCGAAAAGACGCAGUCUCCUCCGAAAAGAGCACAGCAGGCCCUGAUACUCCCCAUCCACCGCCAGCAGCACCCGCCAAUGAACCAACAACUCCAACAAAUGAGCCCUCCGAACCGCAACUCUGCGAGAUCUGCAGCCUUCCUCUCUCCUCAAGCUCUCCCGCUGCAAGCUCAGACGCCACACUCCCUCAAUCGGCGGUGGCGGCACAAUCGACUCCCAAAGCGCGACCCCAUGAGGCAUCUCUCGCGCACCAAGUAUGCCUCACGCACUCGCACCCGCCAUCACACCUGGACCGCAACCGCAAGGGGCUCGCCUACCUCGCAGCCUACGGCUGGGAUCCAGAUUCGCGACUCGGGCUGGGCGCGUCAGGGCAAGGAAUCCAAUACCCGAUCAAGACGAAGCCGAAAGAUGAUAAGCUGGGCAUCGGGGUUGUGGUACCCCCGCCGGGAACAACGGAGAGGAGGGUGAAGAAGAUGCAGAAGGUGGAUGCGGGCAGAGCGAGGAAGAUGUAUGAGAAAGAUAGGAGGGAGGGCCAGAGGCUGCGCGAUUUGUUUUAUAGGAAUGAGGAUGUGGAGAGGUAUUUAGGGGGUGGUUGA